AUGUAUGCAACGUCAGUUCCCACAUCUAGCAAUAGUUUCCUAAAUAUCGUAGUGGAAGGAUGUUGCCAUGGUGAGCUUGACCAAAUAUACAACACUGUAAAUAGAAUAUCACAAGAGGAGGGAAGUUGUGUAGACCUGCUGAUCAUCUGUGGUGAUUUCCAGUCUGUGCGAAAUGAACAAGAUCUGGCCUGUUUGGCAUGUCCGCCGAAAUACAGAAAGAUGAAUACGUUUUAUAAAUAUUAUUCAGGUGAAAAACGCGCGCCCGUUUUGACUCUGUUUGUGGGCGGAAAUCAUGAGGCUAGCAACUACCUGGCAGAACUCCCUUACGGCGGCUGGGUCGCUCCCAAUAUUUACUACAUGGGCUGGGCGGGAGUUGUCAAUUUCUGCGGUAUCACGAUAGCAGGGAUAUCGGGCAUCUACAAUCACAGAGACUUCAACAGAAACCAUCACGAGUUUCCCCCAUUUGACAACCGCUCCUUGAGAACCGCAUACCACGUGCGUAGUCUGGAAGUGUACCGGUUUCUACAGUAUGGGGGAAAUGUCGAUUUGUUUUUCAGCCAUGACUGGCCGCUGGGAAUCCAUGACUUCGGAAACACCCAGGAACUUCUGAGGAAGAAAAGGUUUUUGUCGGAUGAUAUCGCCAAGAACGAAUUGGGGAGUGAGGCCAAUCUGGCAAUUCUGAGAGCGGUCAAACCGUCCUAUUACUUUGCAGCACAUUUACACGUCAAAUUCGCUGCCAUUUUUCCUCACGGCGACGAAGACCCGCAACAGAAAAUACCAACUAUUGACAACACGAUAAACGGUUGCAGGGUAACUCGAUUCCUAGCUCUAGACAAAGUUCUACCUAACAGACCUUUCGUCCAAUUGCUGACCUUACCGUCAAAGAUUCCGAGGACUCCCGAAAACAUAUUACUGAGACACGACCCCGAGUGGCUGGCUAUUCUGAAGGCCACCGAUCCAGUUGUUUCUGUUUACCCGUCACAAGUGCAAAUGCCGAAAGUGCCAGUUGAACAAUCAGAAAUGAAAUCUUGUAUAGAUAGUGUACGAGAAGCGUUUCCGUCAUCAGAUGAUUUAAUUAUAGCAGAAAACUCGUUCAAAAUAACUGUACCGGCUUACGACCCACGCAAAAAUCCUCACAUUCGAUUAAAUGUUCCUCAACCACCUGCAGCUAACAACGAAUACACGCAACAGCUGUGCGAUAAACUGAAAAUCAAAAACCCAAUUGUUGAGUAUUUCAAACUUGUCGAGCAAGGCUUAGUUAGAGUAAAUUAUCAAACUAACAAUGGAGAAGACUUCGAAAGUUCAGACAUGAGUUUUGUUUCGUCAUCAUUUAAUUCAACGCCCAGUUUUAGAAAAGGUCAAAGGUCAUUUAUUGGGUCAGAAAACAAUUCUGUUGUUGAUACUUCUAAUGACCCCAACGAACUUGAAAUUGAACAGUCUUCUGAUGAAAGUGUAGGAGAUCCAAAGGGAGACGAGGAGUUUUUCAUGGAGAGUUUCUCGAAAUCGUCAAUUAUUCCUCAAGCCGAUGAAAGUCAAAUAUUGCAGUUGUUAAACUCGACCCUAGAACAGUCAAGGUCAGAUCCUUCGGCAAUCGAUUUAAGUGCUAUAACAGAAGAGCCGAAGGAAAAAGUAGCUAAAGGAGAUGUUUCAGCGACUUGUGAAAGUGAAAUUACUAUGCAUUCCACUCCCUUGGCUGUGAAAACUUUCAAGAGAAGAAAUACUUUGCCCAGAAGUUAA